AUGAGAUUUAGAUUGCCCUUUAAAUAUACGAGAUCUCAAUUGGAAAUCUUCAGAUUUUCGUUUUGUCUCUUAGCUCCUGUAGCUGUGAUGUAUUAUAUUGGUACUGAUACAGAUAAGAAAUUAAACGUUCCUGGGUUCUGGCCUGAUCCUGAAACUUUAAAUAAGAUUCCAAAGGAAAGAUAUGAAAUUCAAGCUGAAUUAGCUAGAAUGAAGAAAGAAAGACUUGAGAAAAGAAUUAAAUUAGAAAAAAAAUUACAAGAAGAAUUUGGUAUUGAUGUAGAGACAGAAAAGGCUAAAAUUAGAGAAGAAUUAAAAUUAGGGAAAAAAGAAUAA